GCACCACCACUCGGCGUGUACACACACACACAUCCCACCUCCCCACACGCAAGCUUCGCAGCGCAGCUUCGCGGAGACAACGUGAGAAAGAAAGAAACGAGACGAACGCGAGGUGGUGGAGGUGGACGCCAUGGCCGCCGCCGGCAGCAGCAGCAGGUUCGCCGUCACGUGCGGCCUCCUCAGCCAGUACAUGCGGGAGCGCCAGCAGCCGCAGCCGCCGGUGACGGUUCUUGAGGCGGUGGCGGAGGAGGAGGAGGAGGAGGACGCGCGGACUAUGCAGCUCUUCCCCCCGCGCGCCGCCGCCGCCGACGGCGUCGCGACGCCGUCGGCGGGGACGGCCCCGCUGACCAUCUUCUACGACGGGAGGAUGGUCGUGGUCGACGACGUCCCGGUCGAGAAGGCCGCGGAGCUCAUGAGGCUGGCCGGCUCCGCGUGCUCGCCGCCGCAGCCGGCGCACGCCGCCGCGCUCCCGGAGAUGCCGAUCGCGAGGAAGGCGUCGCUGCAGCGUUUCCUCCAGAAGAGGAAGCACAGGAUCACGACAACGAGCGAACCAUACAAGAAGGCGGCGGUGGCGUCGCCGGCGCCGGAGAAAAGCUUCGCCGUCGCGCCGGUGAAAGAUGAGCCGGCGACAUGGCUCGGGCUCUGAAGAUUUAUCUGCCCGGUUUAGAGGAGGAGAAUAUCACAAAGGGAGAAAAAAAAUUAAGUACUGACUAAAUUGUUGUUUUCCAUGAUUUAAGUUCGUCUCUGUUUGAGAUUUCUUUGGCCCAAACCCAAAGAGUUCUUUCACUGAUUUAAGUGAUUAUUUCCUCCACUAGAGCAUAUACAGUGUUCUGAAAAAUAAUGGUAGAUUUAUCCAUUUUUGUUGAUGUACAAGUACAACUGUCUCCAUUUCUAUGCAUAGUAUGUAAUUAAUAAUUAUUACUCAAAAGACUGGAAAGACUGUUGUCAUGUGUACUGGCUUUUAUAUGUUGUUAGUA